AUGAUCUUAUUACGUAUUCCUCGAUACUUGAGGCAAUCAGGAAAGUAGAUGAAGUAAAGCUCUCGGUUAAGUGAUUUUGAAUUGAUAAGGGGAAGGAAGAAAAAGUCUACUUUUUACGGAUGAGUUAUCACUAUUGGAGUGAGAAGAGGAGCUUGUGGAAAAGCAGGCUUGCAGCUUUGCAACUUCAAUUCAGAGACUGCUUUCGUGUAGCUGUGGACAAGCAAAGACCUGGCCAUGGUCACCACUUUGACAAUUCUUCUCGAGCUUUGCGGCGUUUGACUUUUCGCUUCCAAAAUCUCUUCUCAAAUUCCUCUUCUUCUCCAUUGAUUCUCAAUCGCCGUGGACCUGAGAAAGAUAUUGCUGCAAUGGAAGAUUCUGCCGUCACUCACAUGCUUCGGGCAGUGGCUGUUCCAGUUCUAGGCAACAUGUGUUAUGUGUUUAUGCAUGGCCUUAAUUGUAUCCAGAUUUAUGGUGCAGAGAAACUUCAUAAAGCUCUAACGCAAAGAUCCAUAGAUCAAUCUCUAAUAACGGUUAGCAAUCAUGUUGCGGCUGUAGAUGACCCUUUUGUUAUAGCAUCUCUACUACCCCCUAGUGUUUUACUUGAUGCUCGUAGUCUGAGGUGGACUCUUUGUGCCACGGAUAGGUGUUUUCGCAAUCCAAUGACAUCUGCAUUCUUCCGGGCUGUCAAAGUCCUGCCCCUUACCCGUGGUGAAGGUGUUUACCAAAUGGGAAUGGAUAUGGCACUUUCAAAGUUAAACAGAGGAGAGUGGGUUCAUAUAUUUCCUGAGGGUAGCCGUUCCCGUGAUGGCGGUAAAACCAUGGGUUCUUCUAAGCGAGGAAUUGGAAGGCUGGUGAUGGAUGCCAAUAAGAUGCCCCUAGUAGUUCCUUUUGUGCACACAGGGAUGCAAGAAAUCAUGCCAGUAGGGACCAGCAUCCCAAAAGUCGGCAAGCAGGUUACUGUUCUUGUAGGCGACCCUAUAGAAUUCGAUGACUUGCUUCUCUCUUUGGGACGCUAUCCAAACAUCUCGAGGAGAGCUCUUUAUGAUGCUGUUUCUUCGAGAAUUGGGAAUCGAUUGGAGGAACUGAAAACCCACGUAGAGAAAUUAGAUCUUGAACUGAGAAUCCUGGGUGAGGCUUGGCAACCUGAAAAGGACAGACGAGUUAGUGAGAUAAUGGAACAGGUUGAUUGGGAGGCUUUUGGGUUUGGAAACUUUAUACUCGGAGCACAGGACACAUCGCCGGUUCAGCCAACUCAUUUGCAUUCAGUUGAGGCUCGGAACUACUCUUGGGGUCUUAAGACUAAUCCUAUUGCCAAGAAUAGAUAUGCAACCAUGGGUUUUUCUUAUGAAGGCGGUAUAACAUCGAGGUUAUGUCGAUUCAUGGACCCAACAGAGUUAGUGGGCUUUGCAGCUAAAGGCUUGAUGAUGAGUUCCAGAAAGAAGGAAAAGUAUUUGUCAAGUGAUGUUACACCAUUGAGGGCGUGGAGGCUGUUCUUGGAAGAAAAGUUCCAGGAUUUGGGUUAUAUUUAAUGUUUGAUAAGGAAGAUUGGUAUGGUAGUAAACAGUUUUGACCUCAAAAACUUCAGCAACCAACCUCCAAAAAAAAGAAAAGAGACACUUAGGCAUCCAUCAUCAUAAUCAUACUUGUUCAAAGGAAGCAGAGAUAAAUAAAUAAAAAUUGCUCAAGGCCCCCAUCAGUUUAUGAAAGGGUGCGGUUUGUAUA